AUGUUGAAUGCAGCAACCUCUUCCGCGUUGACAUUCUCCUCAACUCCAAAUUUCUAUCGUUCCCCUUCAUCAUUAUCUAUUGUCCUUCCCAAUCCAAAGACUAUCCUCUCCAGCUAUGCGCGAAGCUCGGUCCUUGCCGUCAUGGAGAAAGCGAUCACUCGCGGCCACUUGACAGUCGCCGAUUCUGAAGGAGUUCACCAUUUUGGAACUCGCUCAAAAGGUUCAAACGAUGUCUACCUCAAAGUCGUGAACAGCGACUUCUGGAUGCGCAUUUUGUUCUCCCAGGAUCUUGGCUUCAGUGAAGCCUAUAUGAUGGGGGACGUUGAAGUGGACAGCCUGAAGGCUGUCAUGGACCUUUGGCUGGACAAUGAAACCGGAAUGGACAGCUUGUCAUCUGCGGUCUCUCGGAUAACAUCGGCGAUUUCCGGACUGUCGAACGCAUUUCUUGGUCAGACACGCUCCAAAGCACGUUUGAAUGCCAUUGCAAGUUACGAUCAAUCAAAUGAACUGUUCAAGGCCUUUCUGAGCCAAGAAAUGAUGUACUCCUGCGCCUUAUGGAACGAAUCGGAAGGUGGUGUUCGUGGAGACUUGAUUUCAGGUCCCACACCCGGCGACUUGGAAGCUGCCCAGCUCCGCAAAAUCCGACAUGUUCUCACUGCGGCCAAGGUCAAGCGAGGUGACCGAAUCCUAGAAUUCGGUUCUGGUUGGGGUGGUAUGGCUAUCGAGGCCGCUCGCACUUUUGGCUGCGAAGUCGAUACCUUGACUUUGUCAAAAGAACAAAAGGCUCUUGCUGAGGAACGCAUCAAGGCAGCUGGUCUCCAAGAUGUCAUUCGUGUUCAUCUCAUGGACUACCGCGAGAUUCCUCCAUCCUUCGAAAAGGCAUUUGACGCGUUUGUUAGCAUCGAGAUGCUUGAGCAUGUGGGCGCAAAGCAUUACCACGAUUACUUCAAGCUUGUCGACUUUGCUCUGAAGUCCAGCAAUGCAACAGCUGUUGUUAGCGCGUCAACAUUCCCAGAAUCGAGAUUCUCCGGCUAUCAGCCUGAGGAUUUCAUGCGCAAAUACAUGUGGCCUAACUCAUGCCUGCCUAGUGCUACGGCACUCAUAACUGCCGCAAAUACUGGUUCAGAAGGCCGUUUCACCCUUGAGGGUGUAGAAAAUCACGCAGCUCACUACCCACGGACACUGCGCGAAUGGGGACGUCGUCUUGACGCUAAUGUUAGACAGGACUUGAUUGUCAAAGACUACCCUUCUCUAAAGGACAAGGUCGAAUUCGAUGCUUUCCGCCGCAAAUGGCAGUACCUUUUUGCAUACGCUGGCGCUGGUUUCGCCAAAGGUUACAUUACCUGCCAUAUGCUUACAUUCACCCGUCCAAAUGACUGCCCCAUCAUUUGCGACUGA